GUAUGACAAAUGUUCUUAUACCUCUCGUGACCGAGGAUGGGUCGUGGGCAUUCACACCGUCAGUGACCAAGGCAACCGAGACCCACGCUACUUCUUUUCCUUGAAGACAGACCGGGCCCGGCAAGCGACCACGAUCAAUGCGCACCGCAGCUACCUGCCAGGCCAGUGGGUGUACCUAGCCGCCACCUAUGAUGGGCGGCUGAUGAAGCUCUAUGUGAACGGUGCCCAGGUGGCUACCUCUGGGGAGCAGGUGGGUGGCAUCUUCAGCCCGCUGACCCAGAAGUGUAAAGUGCUCAUGUUGGGAGGCAGCACCCUGAAUCACAACUUCCGGGGCUACAUCGAGCGCUUCAGCUUGUGGAAGGUGGCCAGGACGCAGCGGGAGGUACUGCUGGACAUGGAAGCCCACGGCCUCCACGCUCCUCUACCUCAGCUCCUCCUCCAGGAGAGCUGGGACAAUGUGAAGCGCACGUGGUCCCCCAUGAAGGAUGGCAACAGCCCCCAAGUGGAAUUCAGCGGCGCCCACAGCUUCCUGCUGGACACGAGCUUGGAGCCCCCUCUGUGCGGGCAGACGUUGUGUGACAACGCAGAAGUCAUCGCCAGCUACAACCAGCUGCCACGUUUCCGCCGGCCCAAGGCGGUGCGGUACCGCGUGGUCAACCUCUACGACGACAGCCACGAGAACCCCACCGUGAGCCGCCAGCAGAUCGACAUGCAGCAUCAGCAGCUGGCCGAGGCCUUCAAGCACUACAACAUCUCCUGGGAGCUGGAGGUGCUGGAGGUAAGCAACUCCUCUCUGCGUCGCCGCCUCAUCCUGGCCAACUGCGACAUCGGCAAAAUCGGGGACGAGAACUGUGACCCCGAGUGCAACCACACGCUGACUGGCCACGACGGUGGGGACUGCCGCCAUCUGCGCCACCCCGCCUUCAUGAAGAAGCAGCAGAAUGGGGUGUGUGACAUGGACUGCAACUACGAACGGUUCAAUUUUGAUGGCGGAGAGUGCUGUGACCCGGACAUCACUGACGUCACCAAGACCUGCUUCGAUCCAGACUCUCCGCACAGAGCAUACUUGGAUGUGAAUGAACUGAAGAACAUUCUUAGACUGGAUGGAUCAACACACCUCAAUAUCUUCUUUGCAAACUCCUCGGAGGAGGAAUUGGCAGGAGUAGCCACUUGGCCAUGGGACAAGGAGGCCCUAAUGCACUUAGGUGGCAUUGUCUUGAACCCAUCGUUUUAUGGCAUUCCUGGGCACACCCACACCAUGAUCCAUGAGAUCGGGCACAGCCUGGGCCUCUAUCACAUCUUCCGAGGCAUCUCGGAAAUCCAGUCUUGCAGUGACCCCUGUAUGGAAACCGAGCCCUCUUUUGAGACUGGAGACCUCUGCAGUGACACCAACCCGGCCCCAAAACACAAGUCCUGCGGUGACCCAGGCCCAGGAAACGACACCUGUGGCUUUCAUAACUUCUUCAACACUCCUUACAACAACUUCAUGAGCUACGCAGAUGACGACUGCACGGACUCCUUCACGCCCAAUCAAGUCGCCAGAAUGCACUGUUACCUGGACCUGGUGUACCAGGGCUGGCAGCCCUCCAAGAAGCCGGCGCCUGUCGCCCUCGCCCCCCAGAUUGUGGGCCACACAACCGACUCCGUGACGCUGGAGUGGUUCCCACCCAUCGAUGGGCACUUCUUUGAAAGAGAAUUGGGAUCAGCAUGUGACCUUUGCCUGGAAGGGAGAAUCCUGGUGCAGUACGCCUUCAACGCCUCCUCCCCCAUGCCCUGCGGCCCAUCAGGACACUGGAGUCCCAGGGAAGCAGAAGGUCAUCCAGACGUUGAACAGCCCUGUAAGUCCAGUGUCCGUACUUGGAGCCCAAAUUCAGCUGUCAACCCACACACGGUCCCUCCAGCCUGCCCAGAGCCACAAGGCUGCUACCUUGAACUUGAAUUCCACUACCCUUUGGUCCCGGAGUCUCUGGCGAUCUGGGUGACCUUUGUCUCCACUGACUGGGACUCUAGUGGGGCUGUCAAUGACAUCAAAUUGUUGACUACCAACGGGAAGAACAUCUCCCUGGGCCCUCAGAAUGUCAUCUGUGAUGUUCCACUGACCAUUAAGCUCCGGGAUGUGGGUGAGGAGGUGUAUGGCAUUCAGAUCUACACGUUGGAUGAGCACCUGGAGAUUGAUGCUGCCAUGUUGACCUCCAUUGCAGACAGCCCGCUCUGCCUAGCGUGUAAGCCCCUGCAGUACAAGGUGGUCCGGGACCCUCCUCUCCAGGUGGAUGUGGCCUCCAUCCUACAUCUCAAUAGAAGAUUCACGGACAUGGACCUAAAUCUUGGCAGUGUGUACCAAUACUGGGUCAUCACCGUUUCGGGAAGUGAAGAGAGUGAGCCAUCACCUGCUGCCACGUACAUCCAUGGGAGUGGGUACUGUGGUGAUGGCAUUAUCCAGAAAAGCCAAGGUGAAGAAUGUGAUGACAUGAAUAAGAUCAAUGGUGAUGGCUGCUCCCUUUUCUGCAGACAGGAAGUUUCCUUCAAUUGCAUCGAUGAACCCAGCCGGUGCUAUUUCCAUGACGGUGAUGGGGUAUGUGAGGAGUUUGAACAGAAAACUAGCAUCAAGGACUGUGGUGUCUACACACCCCAGGGGUUCCUGGAUCAGUGGGCAUCCAAUGCUUCAGUUUCCCAUCAAGACAACCAAUGCCCAGGUUGGGUCGUUAUUGGCCAGCCAGCAGCAUCCCAGGUGUGUCGAACCAAGGUGAUCGACCUCAGCGAAGGCAUUUCCCAGCAUGCCUGGUACCCUUGCACCAUCAGCUACCCAUACUCCCAGCUGUCUCAGACCACUUUCUGGCUCCGGGCAUUCUUUUCUCAGCCAAUGGUUGCUGCAGCUGUCAUUGUCCACCUGGUGACUGAUGGGACCUAUUAUGGGGACCAAAAGCAGGAAACCAUCAGCGUCCAGCUGCUCGAUACCAAAGAUCAGAGCCACGAUCUAGGCCUCCAUGUCCUCAGCUGCAGGAACAAUCCCCUGGUUAUCCCUGUGGUCCAUGACCUCAGCCAGCCCUUCUACCACAGCCAGGCGGUCCGCGUGAGCUUCAGUUCGCCCCUGGUCGCCAUCUCGGGGGUGGCCCUCCGCUCCUUCGACAGCUUUGACCCCGUCACCCUGAGCAGCUGCCAGAGAGGGGAGACCUACAGCUCUGCUGAGCAGAGCUGUGUGCACUUUGCAUGUGAGGCCACUGACUGCCCAGAGCUGGCUGUGGAGAACGCUUCUCUCAACUGUUCUAGCAGUGACCGCUUCCACGGUGCCCAGUGUACCGUGAGCUGCCGGACGGGCUACGUGCUCCAGAUACAGCGGGACGAUGAGCUGAUAAAGAGCCAGACCGGACCCAGAGUCACAGUGACCUGUACCGAGGGCAAGUGGAACAAGCAGGUGGUGUGUGAGCCUGUGGACUGUGGCACCCCAGACCAGCAUCACGUCUAUGCUGCCUCCUUCUCCUGCCUCGAGGGCACCACCUUCGGCAGCAAAUGCUCCUUUCAGUGUCGUCACCCAGCGCAGUUGAAAGGCAACAACAGCCUCCUGACCUGCAUGGAGGACGGGCUGUGGUCCUUCCCGGAGGCCCUGUGCGAGCUCAUGUGCCUAGCUCCGCCCCCGGUGCCCAACGCAGACCUCCAGACGGCCCGGUGCCGAGAGAACAAGCACAAGGUGGGCUCUUUCUGCAAGUACAAGUGCAAACCUGGAUACCACGUGCCCAGCUCCUCUCGGAAAUCCAAGAAACGCGCCUUCAAGACUCAAUGUACCCAAGAUGGCAGCUGGCAGGAGGGAGCUUGUGUUCCUGUGACGUGUGACCCACCUCCACCGAAAUUCCAUGGGCUCUACCAGUGCACUAAUGGCUUCCAGUUCAACAGCGAGUGUAGGAUCAAGUGCGAGGACAGUGAUGCCUCCCAGGGACGUGGGAGCAACGUCAUCCACUGCCGAAAAGAUGGCACCUGGAGUGGCUCCUUCCACGUCUGCCAGGAGAUGAAAGGCGAGUGCUCAGCCCCGGACCAGCUCAACAGCAACCUCAAACUACAGUGCCCAGAAGGCUAUGCCAUAGGGUCGGAAUGUGCCACCUCGUGCCUGGAUCACAACAGUGAAUCCAUCAUCCUGCCAGCAAACGUGACCGUACGCGACAUCCCCCACUGGCUGAACCCCACACGGGUGGAGAGAGUUGUGUGCACAGCAGGUCUCAAGUGGUAUCCUCAUCCUGCUCUGAUUCACUGUGUCAAAGGCUGUGAGCCCUUCAUGGGAGACAAUUACUGUGAUGCCAUCAACAACAGAGCCUUCUGCAACUACGACGGUGGGGACUGCUGUGCAUCCACGGUGAAGACCAAAAAGGUCACCCCCUUCCCUAUGUCCUGUGACCUACAAGGAGACUGUGCUUGUCGGGACCCUCAGGCCCAAGAACACAGCCGGAAAGACCUCCGGGGAUACAGCCAUGGCUAAGGAAGGACAAGGAGUUGUCAAAGAAUUCCCAGCGCCAGGACCCACAUCCCUUUGGUAUUGAUUUCACAGUCAGCUGCUCGACGGAAUGGCCUCUCCACACCAGGGAUCCUUAGCCCCCAACCGGUCUGCCUUUAAUGUCACCCAGGAAGGACUCACAGUGGGGACGCAUGAGCCAAGUCUCGCCAUGUUGAAUAAUGGAAUGGAAUCCCAUCCCAAAGUCUUAGAUGGAUUACACAUGCAGCGUGCAGUCCCAGAGCCUCCUAAAUUCUAACCAUUUGUCACAUGGCCACAGCAAGAAACAUGUCCUGUACCUAGGAGUGUGCACAUCUGUGGCUAGUACACAUGCAUGCACACGCACCCAUACAAACAUCCGUCUGAGGGCAGUUUUGGAGACUGAGCCGAACUAGACUGGAACAAAGUGAAUCUUUCCUUUCCCAAGCUUCUAGCCAACACUGUCCUUGGGAGAAAGAGAGUUGCCGAAACCGCUAAGACCAAGCGUUGAGAUGCCAUGAUAGCCGGACCCUGAGGCUGGAAUAUGUAGGGUGCGCACAGCGGUGUGGUCCUCUGGGAUUAGAAAUAAAAUGAUCACCUACCUUCUAGGGAAAUAGGACCCAGGAUGAGGUAAAGAAUCCAAGGUAUACAAAGCCCCCCAACUUUUCCGCAGCCAUGGGGGAUUUACCCCAACGCCAGGGUUUGAGGCCAAGCUGGAAAUGGCUUAGGGUUGCAGUGUCAACGUAUUAUAACAGCCCCCUGCUUGAGGCUUGAGGCCGUAAUAUCCUUCGAGAACCUACCCAUUCCCCACAUCUUGCCUUGGGACCACAUUUGCUGCUACUUUCCCUGCUGCUCUAUCCUAUACAUUGAGUACCCCAAGAUGGUAGGACUGGGUUAGGAAAAACCCCACACAACCAAACAGUCUGCCUUAAAAGCGACCCGCAUUGUCCCACAGCUCCUCACUUCCUAGCACUUCUGCAAGAGAACAACCCUCCUUGGUCCACCUGGUGAGAAGGUAAGUCCCCCAUGGUUGGGCUUCUCUUCCUGGAAGGGAGUUUGGGACUUAAGAUGCUGGAGUCCUCACUGAGCGUCCGGAAUGUCUAAGCCAGUGUUAGAUUUUAUAAUCAAGUGGAAUAGUGUUCAAGUUCUGUGAUGUUGGGGCCACCCAGAAACUGUUAGAAUUCUAGGAAGUCUUGAGUUAUUAUCGUUAACCAAGCCUUCCUGCCUCUCCAGGCUGGAGCAGGCUUUGGUCCAGAGGACCCCACUGUGGCUACACUUCUAGAACAGAGAAUCAUCUCAGAUGUGGCCAAUCUAGACUGUUCCAGAGGGCCAUCAGAGGGAAGCCCAAGAGUUUGCAGCCUCAGUCCCCAAACACCCAACAUGGUCACCAUGUUUUCCACAGUCUUCCAUCUGCCAGUACUCCCAUCCACACCUGUGGCUGGGUAAGCCUUUCCUCUCUGUUAUGUUCAGCCUCUGAAAGUUUCAGAGUAAAUUAGUCAAACACACGUGGAAGCCUCCACCUCUCUGGGGUCCUCUUUGCCUCUUUCCAGCCAGUCACCUGUCCACUUCUUUUCAUUAAUAUGGGAAGAGAUUAAUACAGAAGGAGGUGGAGAAAAUGGGUACGUUUGACAUCAUUUCUGAGAUGUCAUUUCGGGGGCAUCAUUCCAGAAUUGAGAAAGGGAGACGAUGGUAGGGUCUAAACUGGAUGUAUCACGUAAAGAUUGCAACCAAUCAAAUCGUUUCAGGCCUAGAGAAGACAACCAAUGAAAACAACGUCGGGCAUAGGAAUGGGAAAAACCAGGCACGCGCGCUGACCCUUUUCAUUCCUGCAUCUGAGGCAGGCAUUGUUCAUCAUUUAGAGCCCUUUUUCCUAUGGGGACCAAAAAUAAUUUCAGAAAGCUUCUUACUAUAUCAUUCCCAACAGCAAUUACCAGCCGAUCAAAAACACCUGACGAGACAUUUCCUGGCCAUCUGUGGUCUGUUACAUUAAAAAAUAUAUCAAGGUGCUUUAUGCACAGGUGCCCACAAAUAAGGAUGCCGUGCUUAGAGUGUUUUGUGUGGCUUGUACUGUAUUACCAACUGAGACUGAAUGCCAGCAUGGAGAGGCUGCCACCAUUGUUAAGGCCAGGCUCAAAUCCUGUAUGUUUUCCUCCUUACAAACUCAUGUCUCAUUUAUAUUCGGGACAUUUUUUUUCUGUAGUUACCAGGACUGAUCAUUAGCAAAGUAAUAAUAAUAAUGAUAAUAGAAGAAUUGAUCCCAUUGUGUACCCCUCUCCAGUAUCUUAGAACUCUUGCCACCUCUAAAGCCCCUCUCUUGCCGGAGCUGAGUUAUCAUCCUGUGUGGUGUUAGAAGAUACGAACUAAGAACGGUUCCUUUAUUACACCAGUAAGUAGUGCAAAAAGCCUUGGAGGCCCAAACACAACAUGACUAACAGUAGGGUUGCAGGAGCCACAGAAGAACCUUACCAGCUUCCUUUAAUUUGACCCUUGUCCUCUUUCUUCCUUCACUCACACCCUUGUCCAUCCCCACACUCUCCGGCUGAGCAAAGUUUCCUGGAGGCUGACUUCUAUCUUAGAGUCACAGAUUGAGUUGAGCCCUUCAGAGCAAAGAUCCACCCACAGUUUCCCUACCAUCACUCAAACCCGUUAUUCACCAAUUCAUAUUUGCCAAGGCUACUAGGCAAGAGAGGCUCCUUGAUUGACAGCCAGCGUCGUGCCCACAUGAAAGGCAUAAUUAAUAGGCCCUUGUGAGGCCUUAAUGGAGGAGGGUCUGCUCUAUUUGUGCAAUGCACUGAUCCCCAGUUUCAUUUUCUUUCUGGGAAUAUAUUCAUUGUCUCAUCCCUUCGAUCAGCUCCUGUUUAGGACAAUGGACUAGUCACAAGAAAGCACUUAGAAGCAACAGUGUCUGUCAGCAGCUGAGGGGCCCUGAAGCACUUGGGGAUUCUGGGUCUGAAGAAGUAUUAGCCUGGUAGCAGCAAGGAAGAAAAGAUGGCGUAGACAGUCCUCUCAGCCCUCUCUAGGGAAGCCUUUUCAAGCCACGACCCUAACUGCCCCCAGAUUCUGUGCCAACCGCCUCUUAACGGAAGACAGGCCUUGGGAAGUCCAUUUUGGUGGCUGAAUUGGGUGUCAUGGAAGAGAGAGAUCAAUGGUCACAAAUAGUAGGGCUUUGAAGGUGGAGGGCAUCGGCCGCUAUUCCUGGUUUCGGCAUGUUGAGACACUGACUAGACGGGUCUCGUGGUCUUAUUCCCACCUUGGCCAAUGCUUAAGUGCUAUUUGUUGAAAAUAAUUCUUUGAGACAGAUUUCAGCUACCUCUCUUCCAGGUUUGAUUUAACUUGGUUGUAACUGUCAAUUUGUUAUAGGUCUUACCUGUGUUAGAAAGGAAGGAAGAAAGAAAGG